AAUGGUUGUUAUUUCAGCAACAGAUUUGGGAUAUAUUGAUUUGGCCGUCAAUUUCUACUUGUCUUCUAUCAAACGCCAUAAAAUCUCUAACUUUCUUUUCAUCUGUCUACAUCCGGAAGCGUGUAGAGUCCUCCGUCAGUUUAGUGAUCGAGUCGAAACGUUUUAUGGAGGGAUAGUUGAGUCUGCCGACAGACCGAGCAACUUUUUUUCGAGAGAAUUCAAUGAGAAGACACAUGCCAAAUUAAAAUGGGUAAUAACUGCAUUGAAAAUGGGCUACAAUGUUUUACUAUCAGAUGUGGACAUUCACUAUUUUAAGAACCCACUCGGAACACUUUAUAGUCAUCUACGAAAAUGUGACAUUCAGAUCCAAUGGGACAGAGAUGAGUUGGAAAUGAAAUAUAAUUCAGGAUUCUAUUUCCUGAAGGCUUCUCACCUGACAGUUGAAUUGUUGAGGAGAGCCAUCUGGUUGGCGGAACACGAUAAUUUUACGCAAUCUGAUCAGUACUAUUUGAACACGGCAAUAAGAUAUUCAGUCUCGAAAUUCGGGUUGAAGUUGUGCGAAUUAGAUAAGUCGACGUUUCCUUGUGGGUCAGUUUAUUUUCAUGAGGGUCAACGGGAAUUUUACGAUGAUUCGCCUUGCAAAGAUUGCGUCAUAGCUCACAAUAAUUGGAUUAUAUCAGCGGCCAGUAAAAGGUAUAGAGCCAGGGAGCAUCUGUUUUGGAACGUCGACAUUCCAAGCGGAUACUAUAGCGCGAAAGGUCGAAAAUACUUGACGUAUGAUCAACAAAGGACGCCGUCAAAGAACAAACAGCUGCGAAAUUUAAAAAGAGCUCUCUGCCUAGCUGAAAAAUUAAAUAGGCUUGUCGUACUACCUAAGUUCUUUUGUUUAGAGCAAAAAGUGAGACUUUGCAAUCUAUUAUCAAUUGUUAACCAAACAAAUAUGGACGCUUUUGAAUUAGUCUAUGGGAAAUUUUAUAGAGAAUACUCAUUCUUGAACAACAAACUCGUACCUAACGAAAUUAGAAACAAAAAUAAUUGGAAAAAGAUAAAAAUAGGGUCGUGCCGUAAUUUACAUUCAAUUCAAAGCGAUUUCAAUAGAUAUCCUGUUUUGCAAUUAUCAUUUGAAUGGGACACGUGCAAAUGCAAAUUUGGAAAGGAUUCUAUCUAAAGCGCCAUCUGUCGUGUAUACAAGAUACUAUAAGUUUAUGCUCCAUUUCCUAAUUGGUUCCACGUGAAAUUGGAAAGUGUUUGUCUCGUAAAUAUUCCAUAAAACUACCUUAUCCAUUAAGC